CCUCUUUCUCCAUCUCACCUCUCUCCUCCUCUCCUCUAAACACCAACAAAAUGGCCGCGGCACUCAAGCGCACCUCGCUCAAGAUCGGCAUGAUCCCCGCCGACGGCAUCGGCAAGGAGGUCCUCCCUGCCGCCCAGCGCGUCAUUGAGGCCCUCGGCUCGGCCAUCCCCAAGCCUGAGUUCAUCCCCCUCGCUGCCGGCUGGGAGGAGUUCAACAAGAACGGCAAGGCCCUCCCCGACGAGACUGUCCGUGUCCUCAAGGAGGAGUGUGACGCCGCCAUGUUCGGCUCCGUCUCGUCGCCCUCGCACAAGGUCCCCGGCUACUCGUCGCCCAUUGUCGCGCUCCGCAAGCACCUCGACCUGUACGCCAACGUCCGCCCUGUCCAGAGCGUGAGCGGUACCCCCGGCCCCGACGUCAACAUGGUCAUUGUGCGCGAGAACACCGAGUGCCUGUACGUCAAGCGCGAGGAGAUCAAGGAGCUCCCCGACGGAUCCAAGAUCGCCAUCGCCGAGCGCCAGAUCACCUCCAAGGCCUCGGAGCGUAUCGCCAAGCUCGCGUUCGAGCUCGCCCUCCGCCGUGGCGCUGAGCGCGCCGCCCCCGGUGCCCCCGAGACCUUCUGGAAGGGCCCUCCCCAGGUCACCAUCGUCCACAAGUCCAACGUCCUCGCCGUUACCGACGGCCUCUUCCGCGAGUCGGCCCGCAAGGUCUACGAGGAGAACAAGGGGCGUUACUCGGGCGUCAAGGUCAACGAGCAGCUCGUCGACAGCUUCGUCUACAGGGCCUUCCGCGAGCCCGAGAUCUUCGACGUCUGCGUUGCCCCCAACCUGUACGGUGACAUCAUUUCCGUGGGUGAGCCCGUCCACGGUUCGGCUCCCGACAUCGAGGGCAAGAACAUUGCCAACCCCAUCGCCUCUAUCCGCUCGGCUGCCCUCCUCCUCUCGCACCUCGGCUACCCCGAGGCCGCGAACCGCAUCAACGUUGCGGUUGACGACGUCAUUAGGUCCGGCGUCGCGACCCCCGACCUUGGAGGCAAGAACUCCACCACCGAGGUCACCGAGGCUAUCCUCAAGCGCCUCUAAAUCCAUACCAGUACAUAAGUCAUUUAAACAGGCAGCAUGCAUUGGCUCCUCGGCG